GGGGGAGGCCGGAGGGGCGGAUCCUGCCUGGGGGCUGAUCCCUCCCUCCCCUCGGCCGGGCUCCGUGGCGGCAGCGGCGGCGGCGGCGGCGGUUCCAUUCCCCCUCCUCCCCCGGGAGCGGCGGCGGCCGGGCCGGGGCCCCAGCGCGGGCCGGGAGGGGGCACGGCGGUGGCCACGGAGGCCAGCGCGGGAGGAGGCCGCGCUCCGCUCCCCGGGCCGCGCCGACCUGCUAGGCGGCCGGCCCGCCCGCGCCCAGGGGCCCCGAACGGUGGGGCCGGGCCGGCGGCUGAGGCCUGUCUCGUUGGUUCCCAGGUGCCAUGAGGAAGCCUCGCCGGAAGUCACGGCAGAAUGCCGAGGGCCGGCGCUCCCCAUCCCCCUAUAGUCUGAAGUGCUCACCCACCCGGGAGACCCUGACAUAUGCCCAGGCCCAGCGGAUCGUCGAGGUGGACAUUGAUGGACGUCUGCAUCGUAUUAGCAUCUAUGACCCGCUCAAGAUCAUCACAGAGGAUGAGUUGACCGCCCAGGAUAUCACUGAAUGCAAUAGUAACAAGGAAAACAGUGAGCAGCCUCAGUUCCCUGUCAAGUCCAAAAAACCCUCAUCCAAGGGCAAAAAGAAGGAGUCCUGCUCCAAGCAUGCAUCCGGCACUUCCUUCCACCUCCCGCAACCCAGCUUCCGCAUGGUGGACUCAGGCAGUCAGCCAGAAGCACCCCCUCUGCCUGCUGCCUACUACCGCUACAUUGAGAAGCCGCCUGAAGACCUGGAUGCAGAAGUAGAGUACGACAUGGAUGAGGAAGACCUUGCCUGGCUGGACAUGGUAAAUGAGAAGCGGCGAGUAGAUGGGCACAGUUUGGUGUCGGCAGAUACCUUUGAGCUGCUGGUGGACCGGCUUGAGAAGGAGUCAUACUUGGAGAGUCGAAGCAGUGGGGCCCAACAGUCACUCAUUGACGAAGAUGCUUUCUGCUGCGUAUGCCUGGAUGACGAAUGCCACAACAGCAACGUCAUUCUCUUCUGUGACAUCUGCAACCUGGCUGUACACCAGGAGUGCUAUGGCGUCCCUUACAUCCCCGAGGGCCAGUGGCUAUGCCGCUGCUGCCUACAGUCUCCCUCCCGGCCUGUGGAUUGCGUCCUCUGCCCCAACAAGGGUGGCGCCUUCAAACAGACCAGCGAUGGGCACUGGGCCCACGUGGUGUGUGCCAUCUGGAUCCCUGAAGUCUGCUUUGCUAACACCGUGUUCCUGGAGCCUAUUGAGGGCAUCGACAACAUCCCACCUGCCCGCUGGAAACUAACCUGCUAUAUCUGCAAGCAGAAGGGGCUGGGUGCAGCCAUCCAGUGCCAUAAGGUGAACUGCUACACGGCCUUCCAUGUGACGUGUGCACAGCGGGCUGGGCUCUUCAUGAAGAUUGAGCCUAUGCGUGAGACCAGCCUCAACGGCACCAUCUUCACGGUGCGCAAGACCGCCUACUGUGAGGCCCACUCGCCGCCAGCUGCUGCCACUGCUAGGAGGAAGGGCGACUCCCCAGGAAGUCUCAGUGAGGCUGGGGACGAAGAAGGGCUGAAGGAGGGCUGUGGGGAGGAAGAAGAGAAGGAAGAGGUAGAAGAGGAGGAGGAAGAUGAAGGCCAAGGUGGGGUAGGCGGCCCCCUCAAGGGAGUGUCCAAGAAGAACAAGAUGACUUUGAAGCAAAGGAUCAAGAAGGAGCCAGAGGAAGUGGGCCGAGACACACCCUCCACUGUCCCCAUGGUCACUGUCCCACAGAUACCCUCUUACAGGUUGAACAAGAUCUGUAGUGGUCUCUCCUUUCAGAGGAAAAACCAGUUCAUGCAGCGGCUUCACAACUACUGGCUGUUGAAGCGGCAGGCACGGAACGGUGUCCCCCUCAUCCGGCGCCUGCACUCCCACCUGCAGUCCCAAAGGAAUGCUGAGCAGCGGGAGCAGGACGAGAAGACAAAUGCAGUGAAGGAAGAGCUGAAAUACUGGCAGAAGCUCCGGCAUGACUUGGAGCGGGCACGGCUGCUAAUUGAGCUGAUUCGGAAAAGAGAAAAGCUCAAGCGGGAGCAGGUCAAGGUCCAGCAGGCCGCCAUGGAGCUGGAGCUUAUGCCAUUCAACGUUCUGCUGAGGACAACACUGGACUUGCUGCAGGAGAAGGAUCCCGCACACAUCUUUGCCGAGCCCGUCAACCUGAGUGAGGUUCCAGAUUACCUGGAAUUCAUAUCCAAGCCAAUGGAUUUUUCUACUAUGAGGCGGAAGCUGGAGUCCCACCUGUACCGCACCUUGGAGGAGUUUGAGGAGGACUUUAACCUUAUAGUUACCAACUGCAUGAAGUAUAAUGCUAAAGACACAAUUUUCCACCGAGCAGCUGUCCGCCUGCGGGACCUGGGAGGGGCCAUCCUGCGGCACGCCCGGCGGCAGGCAGAGAACAUCGGCUAUGACCCCGAGAGGGGCACCCACCUGCCCGAGUCACCCAAAUUGGAGGACUUUUACCGCUUCUCCUGGGAAGACGUGGACAACAUCCUCAUCCCAGAGAACCGGGCCCACUUGUCCCCAGAGGUGCAGCUGAAGGAGCUGCUGGAAAAACUGGACCUGGUGAGUGCCAUGCGGUCCAGUGGGGCCCGGACCCGCCGUGUCCGCCUGCUACGCCGGGAGAUCAAUGCCCUUCGGCAGAAGCUGGCACAGCCGCCACCACCGCAGCUGGCAUCGCUAAACAAGACUGUGUCCAAUGGGGAGCUGCCAGCAGGGCCCCGGGGGGAUGUGGCUGUGCUGGAGCAGGCCCCGCAGGAGGAGCCAGAAGACGAUGGGGACAGAGAUGACUCCAAAAUGCCUCCCCCACCAACCCUGGAGCCUACUGGGCCUGCGCCUUCCUUGUCUGAGCAAGAAUCCCCUCCGGAUCCCCCAACUCUGAAACCCAUCAAUGAUAGCAAACCUCCAAGCCGAUUCCCAAAGCCAAGAAAAGUGGAAGAAGAUGAGCUUUUGGAAAAAUCACCUCUGCAGCUAGGGAGCGAGCCCUUGCAACGCCUGCUCAGUGACAAUGGCAUCAAUAGAGUGUCCCUCAUGACCCCCGAUACAUCCCCCGCUGGCGCCCCACUCAGUGGCGUGGGCCGUCGCACAUCAGUCCUCUUCAAGAAGGCCAAGAAUGGGGUUAAGCUACAGAGGAGCCCAGACAGGGCCCUGGAGAACGGCGAGGACCAUGGCGCAGUGGGCUCUCCUGCGUCUCCCACCAGCAUCGAGGAUGAACAGCACUCCCGGAAGCGGCCGAGGAGCAGGAGCUGUAGUGAGAGCGAAGGGGAGAGGUCCCCCCAGCAGGAGGAAGAGACAGGUGUGACCAACGGCUUUGGAAAACACACUGAAAGCGGGUCUGACUCAGAAUGUAGUUUGGGUCUCAGUGGUGGACUGGCAUUUGAAGCUUGCAGUGGUCUGACACCCCCCAAACGCAGCCGAGGGAAGCCAGCCCUGUCUCGAGUGCCCUUCCUGGAAGGUGUGAACGGAGACUCUGACUACAACGGCUCAGGCAGAAGCCUCCUGAUGCCCUUUGAAGACCGUGGAGACCUGGAGCCCCUGGAGCUGGUGUGGGCCAAGUGCCGAGGCUAUCCCUCCUACCCUGCCUUGAUCAUCGAUCCCAAGAUGCCCCGGGAGGGCCUUCUGCACAAUGGCGUCCCCAUCCCCGUCCCCCCACUGGAUGUGCUGAAGCUGGGAGAGCAGAAACAGGCCGAGGCUGGAGAGAAGCUCUUCCUUGUCCUCUUCUUUGACAACAAGCGCACCUGGCAGUGGCUUCCGAGGGACAAAGUCCUGCCCCUGGGUGUGGAAGACACUGUGGACAAGCUCAAGAUGCUGGAAGGCCGCAAGACCAGCAUCCGCAAGUCAGUGCAGGUGGCCUACGACCGUGCGAUGAUCCACCUGAGCCGAGUGCGGGGACCCCACUCCUUUGUCACCUCCAGCUACCUGUAAGGGCAGGGCCUGGCCUGCAUCUGCCUGCCCUGCCUCCGUCCUGUGGGGCACAGAGAAGCCUCUUCCUGCCCCAGCCAGACGUAUGGCUGGCAGCUUGCCCCUUCCAUGGCAGGCCAGGGACUGGGCUGUAUCCUCCCCAAGGCCAAGGCCCCAGUUUUGACUGACUGCAUGGUUCCCCUGGUGGGCCUGCUGUGUGCCAAAAACUCCCACCUGAGCUCCCUCAGGGGCUGGUCCACCGAAGAACCAGUUAGAAAUAGAAACAGCUGUGAGGCUUGGGCCCAGCCGAGGAGAUAGACCUGGCCCCAGAAAGCAAGAGGUCUUGGGCUUUCUCAAGGGUGUGCCUGGCCCCCUCCAACCCAUUCCCAACUAACUACACCUCAGGGUGAGCGAGGCUCUGACACUGACCCCAGAGGUGCUGUGGAUACACUAGGGUCCCACGGGGAAUCUCACGGAGCUCACCCUCUCUGUCCAUCACCCAUCCUCAUACCUCUUCCCUGUCCCAUCUUCUGCACCUCUGCCCAGUCUCUCUUUUUCCCUUGUUCCUUUCCCGACUUCCUCUUGUGCCAAACUGACAGAAACCAUCACCAAACUGAUCUUUUUCUUUUUAUGGCUCAUUCCCUUUGAGGCCAGCUGCUAGCCUACCACUUGGGUGACCCCUUCACCAGCACACCUCCCCACCCCCUUACAUGUGCUACAGACAAGCAGCUGAGGCCAGCCUGUGAGAGCUUGCCCGCUUAGAUUGAGGCAGGGCCCCUCCGGCCCUCUUCUGUCUUGCAGAGAGGUGGGCUUAGGCUGGAUGGGCUCCUGUCAGCAGACCAGGCUGCUUGUGCCAGUGUCCAUCUGUCCACGUGGAUUCCGAGGGUUGUUGGGUGAAGCUGUGCCCUUUGGCUGGGUCUGCCCUUUCACUCCUCCUAGCCUCUCCUCGUGGGCUUUUCCUUUUCUGCACCUGCAGCCUCUAGCCUCUCUCUCUACCAGCAGGGAUGGCGUGGGGCCUGCAGUCCAGCAUCUUCGUGUCCUGUGCUGCGCUCUGCCCUGCCCAGCCUCUGCUGCUCCGAACUCCAGGGAACACAGUCUUUUAUUUCAAACCCUCUGUCCCCUUCCCUCUUCUCCUUCAACCCCCUCUCCACCUUUACCUUCUCAAAAACAGAAGGGAAAAAAACUGUGAAACGGGAAUGCUGACUGACAAACCAACACAACUUUCAGAGGCUUCGAUGUCUGUUCUCUGGAUGUUUCUUUUCACCUCUUAAGCACCAAAGUUGCAGGGCCAGGUUGCAGGCCGCUGAUUGCCAUGUUGAUUUUUAACCUGACGUUCUUUUUAAUUGUUUUAAAUUUUUCAUAGGGGAGUUUUGGACAAAACAAAGUCACUGGGGAGAUCACUGCCAUUUUUACACACUUUUUAAAAAUACAACCAACCAACCGCCACGACUUCUUAUACGUUUGGGACAUGAGCCAGAGUUUAAAAGGGAACCAACAAAACUCUCUAUAACAUAAAGGAUGGGGUUUUGGAUUUUGUACAAUAAUAAAACUACAAUACAGCCUAUGGCUAGGGAAGGACAUAGUGUAUAUAAUUGUAAAAUACUGUUCUAAAUUAUUCAGGCCUAUAGUUUCCAUUACUGGAGUCCUCCAUUGUGUGGCUGAGUAUUUUAAAUGCACACAGUGUGGUUUAUUUAAAGGAGCCAAUGCGUCCCCCCUCCCCAGGUAGUCGGUCGGCUGUGGACUAUGUGACCUUCGUCUCAACCUGUGUUGUAAGAUCUCCGGGCUUUCUCUCUCUCUCUCUCUCUUUCUGUGUCUGUCUCUUUCUUCCCCACAACACUUUCUCUUUCUUAGUCUCUUUCUCCCUUUUUUUUUUUUCAGUCUCUUUGAAUCUUUCAGUCUCUCUCUGAGUCUCAUUUUUAAAACUGCUCUUUUAGAAUGGGAAACGGCUCAGAUCCUGCUGUGGCAUGGGGCCUAUGUGUCUCAGUCGCGUCUGCUGUGAAGCACACGAUGCUCUAUUUAUUGUAGAAAGUGACUUUAUUUGCUUUCUAGAAUUGUUUAUAACAGAUGGUAUAAGAGAGGUAAUAAACAGAGAAAAAUCUAUGCUUGUAAAGAAUACAAAAGUUAAUUUUACCUACUGUAAUAUGACUGUCUUAAACUUAUUUUCUCUCUGAGAAAUAAAUGUUCUAAUGGGCAGCA